AUGAAGCUCGAAAAAGAUGAUGAAAGGGAAAAUAAACCCCAUCAAUCUGAAUUGCAACAUUACACCCAAUCUCGAAAUGUAAAGCAAUUCAGCUCAAGUUCACCCUAUGAAAGUGCCUUUCAACACUUAAGGUGCCAAUCUCCAGGUAAAAUUUCAAACGUUAGCCAGGACUCCAGUUCUGAAGACAAAAAUAUUACAGUAGAGAGUAAUCCGACAACCGCUGUUACGAAGAUUGCACCAACAUCAUCACAGAAGUUCGCACAAAAGAUUACCCAGUCAGAAGUAACUCUUCUUAAUGACCUGCCAGACGUUUUCGAUGAAGCUGUCUCAGUAUUUCAAGUUAUCAAGGAAUGUAUCUACGGCUCCAAAUACAUGGGGUCAUCGGGAGAUCAUGAUACUCUAGACUGUGAUUGCUCUGAGCAAUGGAGGGAUGGCAAGAAUCAUGCCUGCGGAGAGGAUUCAGAUUGUAUAAACCGUGCAACAAAAAUGGAAUGUGUCGAUGGUGAUUGUAACUGUGGUAUCAAAUGUCAAAAUACGCGUUUCCAGCGACGAAAAUAUGCCAAUGUUUCGGUGAUCAAGACCGAUAAAAAAGGUUAUGGUCUACGAGCAAAUACUGAUUUAGCCCCCAACGAUUUCAUAUUCGAAUACAUAGGAGAAGUUAUAAACGAGCCAACUUUUCGUCGCCGAACUAUACAGUAUGACAGUGAAGGCAUUAAACAUUUUUACUUUAUGUCGCUCACGAAAAACGAAUUUAUUGAUGCCACAAAGAAGGGAAACCUCGGUCGAUUUUGUAAUCAUUCCUGCAAUCCCAACUGCUAUGUAGACAAAUGGGUAGUGGGAGAAAAGUUGCGUAUGGGUGUCUUUGCCGAAAGGUAUAUACAAGCAGGCGAGGAACUAGUAUUUAAUUACAAUGUGGAUCGGUAUGGUGCUGAUCCUCAGCCAUGUUAUUGUGACCAGCCAAAUUGUACCGGAUACAUAGGAGGAAAAACCCAGACAGAGCGUGCCACAAAACUACCUCAUGCUACGAUUGAAGCACUUGGAAUUGAAGAUGAUGAUGGCUGGGAUACAGCAGUUGCAAAGAAGCCCCGGAAAAAGAAAUCUGGCGAGGAUGAUGAAGAAUAUGUCAAUAGUGUUCAAGCCAAAAGCCUAGAUGAGGAGGGCGUGCGUAAAGUUAUGGCUACGCUCAUGCAGUGCAAGGAGAAGUGGAUCGCUGUCAAACUACUAAGCCGUCUACAAAGAUGCGAUGAUGAGAAAGUGCGAAAUCGAGUUAUUCAGAUGCAUGGCUACCAAAUUCUUCGCACCACCUUGAUGACAUGGAGAGAUGAUAACAACAUAAUUCUCCAGGUCCUCAAUAUUCUUUACAAAUUUCCUCGCUUGACGCGAAACAAAAUUAAUGAUUCUAAAAUCGAGACUGCGAUUGAAACACUUGUUGAUUCUGAACACGAAGAUAUAGCAUUCGAAUCUAAAAGACUACUAGAAUUAUGGAGCAAACUUGAAGUAGCAUAUCGAAUUCCUCGAAAGAAAUUCGAUCCAAAUGCCUCCAUACUUUUUGAGCGAAGGGAUACGGACCGGUCUGAAGAAACAUCUAAACCCGCUACACCCACUGCAACAGUAGCACAAUCUAUUCCUCGGAGCUUGAAGCUUCAACGGCCGGGAUCUUUCACCACUCGACCACCAGUACGAAGACAUUUCAAAUCUUUGCCAUCUGGCUGGUUUACUGCUAUGGAUGAUAAUGGUAACCCGUACUACUACAGUAAAUCUGGUCAAACAACAUGGAACAAGCCAAAAUAUGCAGCACCAGAGCCACCCCCACCACCAAAAGCGCCACUUAAGAGUGUGCAGACUGCCAAAGCACUACAGGAUAUUAUAGAUAGUAUUACCAACAACGACUUGAGUGCAAGCUCCCAUGAUCGGUCUACAUCGCUAGUAGAUAGUAAAGCAUCAAAAGAAAAGAAGAGAUCAUCAGAGAAGUGGCGUAGUCUUCCCCAGGAAAAACAGAUGAAGCUCUAUGAGAAUACUCUCUUUCCACAUAUAAAAAAUGUCAUGCAAAAAUUUCACCACAAACUUCCAAAAGAAGAUUUGAAAAAGUUCGCAAAGGAAGUAGGCAAGAAGCUUGUAGCCUCUGAUUUUAAGAAUAACCGUGUCGAAGAUCCGACGAAGAUAUCGGAGAGACAAGAGAAAAAAGUAAAAAGUUAUGUGCGCGCCUACUUUGAAAAAGCUGUCGCAAAGAAGGUUGAAAACGACCGUCGAAAGCAAGAGAAGAAAGAACGUGCUUCGAAAGUUACUUCAAAUGGAAAAUCUGGGGAUAAAGUUAAGCCAAUCAGCCCUGAUCCGAAGGAGGAAGAAGAGGAUGAGGAGGUAAUAGUUGAUAUGAGUCCAUCGAGCCCACAGGAAACCUCACCAGGAACGCCAGUAGUAAAGCGGAAGCGAGAUGAUAAUUGUACAACACCAAAUAUCUCUUUGGAUAACUUUAAACGGCUCAAGGAAGAAGUAGUAGAUAUAGUUUUAACUCCUCCUCCUCCUCCGCCACCACCAUCCGAAGAAAUGCACUUUGCAUACGAUGAAAACUGUAUGAACGUGGAUGAAAAUACCGGGAUCUUGGAACAUGAAUCGGAAGAAGAUAUUGAAUUCCGGCUCCAGGAAGAAGACCUAAUGCGUGAGAAUGAGGAAGCGGAGCGUAUGGAGAAAGAGAAAAAUGGAAUAAUUCCGAUAAAUCUAGUCAUUGACGAAACCAUCUAA